AGAGAUUCGACACACGCUGCCAAUAAAGUCCGCCCGCAGUACGUGCAGCCAGACCUCCGCGCGUCCGCCCCGCCUGCAUCGAACCAUGUACCAAUCGGACCACCACUUGCUCGAUGACGAAGACCACUUGCAGCACGCAUUGAUGAAAGGCAAUAAACGACAUGGCGGGUCUGACCGACGCAAGAGCAAAGGGUCCGUGGCCAACCACUUGCUCAACUUUUCGCUUCCCGUGCGGAACAAUGACCCACCGUCGUUCGUGCGAAAAAAGAAAGGGCCGCCGCCCCGCACGCGCGACGAAUUCCUCCACGCAAAUUAUCGUUUUGUGAUUUCUCCUCUUUCAGCCAACGAGUCGCCUACAUUAUACGACCUCGACGCACUCACCGAAUGGGACAAAAUUGAGCAGGUGAUUGUGGCGAAUGACGCGACGAAUAUCGACCAGAGGUGUCCGAUCUGCUUGGACACGUUGCGAGCGCCAAAAAUCACUCGUUGUGGUCACGCAUACUGCUGGCAUUGUAUUCUCACGUAUUUGUCGAUGACGGAAAACUACUGGCGCCGAUGCCCCAUGUGCUUCGACUCUGUCAAGAAACAUGAUCUGCGCAGUGUCUUAAUCGACCGCCACCGCACGAUUCCUUUGAUCGGGUCCUCGGCGACGUUCCACUUGAUCCAUCGGUCUCGAAGCAGUUGGUUCCCCCACUUGCCGGCUGCGAUGGGCUCGUCCUUGGUCAAGGGCAAAAUACCGUCUGUCCAUUGCUCCAACGCCGCCUACUCGCGCAUUUUAGAGUCCACUCCUUCGUACCUCCAAGCGAUGAUUGAGUUCGAGAUGCACGACUUGCACACGUUAGCGGCGGAAGCUCAAAGCAGCGGCGACGACCACGCGCUUCCAGUUGUCCAGGAAGCGUUGGCGUAUUGCGAGAAGCGAUUGGCGAAACUAUUUGCAACGACGUCCAGCGAAGGCGAUGGUGUAGCGGCCGAUGCGUCAGGGAUCGUUUCUCGUUCUGCAGCAACAAAGGCAGCAAUCGACGCCAGUGACGACGAGCCUCCGUACACGUUUUACCAAUUGCACAAUGGCCACACCGCGAUCUUGCAUCCUCUUUGUAUGCGCGCCCUCACGCGUGAAUUCGGCCACGACAACUCGUUCCCGUACGACAUCACGGCUACUGUGCUCGAGAUCGAACAUGUCGUCAUGAACGACGACGUCCGCAAGCGGUUUCGGUACAUGGCGCACCUUCCAUCGCAUUGCGACUUGUUUUUGGUCGAAGUCGACUUGGCAGGCAUCGUAUCGCCCGACACGAUGAGUCAUUUUCAAACAGAGUUCAAAAAAAGGGCGCGGGCGCGCCAACUAGCGAAACGACACCAGAAGCUGGACAAGAAAAAGACCCGCAGCGACAGCUUUGAAGUGAGUCUCAUGCUGCAGUUGGCGCUCGACAACGACACGCAUUACCCCCAGCUACAGAACGUGGCAGUCGGCGCGCCCCCCGACAAGGAUGGUGAACUAGAACGGUUUGACACACCCGACGAGUCCCCGUACAAUUCGCCAUACGCCACGUUUGCGAGCGUCACAACCAAUCAAGGGUACUACCCCGCGUUCAAUGUGGGUGGUCGGGACGGCACCUCGAUGUCGACCCCUGGGUGGCCAAACGUGGGGAGUGCUAUGGCCGUGCCGUUUAACUUAGACGAGCUCCAGAAGGAGUUGGGUCCGAACGGGAAAAAGGCCAAGGGGAAAGGCGUGUCGCUCUUUGCAACUUCCCAGCGCCGAUCGUAUCGUUAAGGUGUAAUAUACCAUCAUGGGAACUUUGAAGCAACCA